AAAGAAAGCAUUGCAGAGUUAACAAAGAGUCUGUCGCCAAGAGAGCGAAUAAAGCGAAGGCUUUCGAAUGGAGAUAGAGAAUCCGGAAUGUCCAAAAGCUUAUUACGUCAGAGCUAUUGAGCACCGCCUCAAAUAGCAAACAUUACGGAAAGGUCGUUGCGGUAGAGAAGAAACUACAAGGAAGUCAUCAACAGAGAAUAAAGAUGCGUAUGCAAGGAGUUUGAUCAACUCGAGAAGCAUAACACGUGGGGUUUGAGCAACCCAAUAGAUAUGGAAGAGGUACCAAAGAAUAGACUGAGCUCAAUGUUUUUUUUUAACCAAACUAGACGGUAGAACGUGCAGGUGUAAUCGAAGUUUAUUGGCAGGGGCCGGGAACGUACGAUCCGGACGCCGAAACUUACACAGUCGCACAUGAAGCACUGAUGACGUGCUUAUCCAUCGCGUUAGAUAACGGAUGGAGUAUCAAACAACCAGGCCACAUCCGCAUACCUUCAUGCACCUCUAAAGGAAGAACUCUACACCAGAGCGUCAACUCACUAUGGGCUAAGCAAUAGGGUAUAUCCAGACUCGAUAAAUCACUGUAUGGACUCAAACAAUCAGGAUCCAAUUGGUACGAGGCCAUAACAGACUUUCUUGUCUCAAAAUGCGGACUGACGGAACUAGAGAUGUGGCCAUGCGUAUUGGUGAAAAGGCGCAACAAUGGCAUCACUGAUUCGUAG